UUGCCACGUUACCUCUUGCCAAGCGGCAAGUCUGCACUCGCUGCAAGAGUGUAACACAUCAGAUUUACUGAAAAUGGAUGUUACUUUGUUGAUGUUCAUCGCGUCAGCGCUUCUUUUAUUAAUCAUCUUAUGCUCUGUUUUCUUGCAACGUAAACUGGGUGCUGAGAAAGCACAAGUUCCAGAUGUACAAGGUCGCCCGGUAAGGAGAGCAGCCGGUGUUAGAAAUGCCAGACACCGUAUGCAGGGAAAUGUUAAUCACCAGCCGCGUGAGGAAGACAACAACAGGGAAGUCGACGGAGGUGACGACGAUGCGGCUGACAAGACAGAAAUCCCAGACCACAAGAUGGGAGCGAAGAAGCGGGCGAAGCUGGCAGCCAAAGCGGAGUAG